AAAAUAUUCGCUCGCCACUCGCCAGUGCUCUGGUUUUCGAGUUCCCGCCGUGCCCACGGCUCCACACGAAUUCACCCGAGCACCUGACGCCCACGAGGGCCAGACGAUUGCGGUCUCGCGGAGGCGCACCGUAUCAGUUCAUCACGCAAGGGAGGAGGGCUCACGCGCUGGUCCGCUGCCCGCUGGUGAUCAGCGAUGCCGAUGCUCCCGGCUGCCGAGCGGCCGCGGCUGACGCUCGAGGACUACAUCGUCUUCUUCACCACCCGCAGCGGCGGAGGCCUCAACCUCCACCACCUCAACCACAUCAUCUACAUGCACGGGUUCGCCAGGCUCCACCGCGCGCCCAAGCCGGCGAUGGUGGACGCGCUCCGGUCGGUGGAGCUCAUGCGCCCGCGCCGCUCCACCGUCCCCUUCAACGCCACCGCGCCGCCGCCGGGCGCCGCCCCGGUCGCGCCCGCCGUGCUCUCGCUUGACGAGGUCACGCGCGACAUCGAGGACAUCGGCUGGCGCGAGUGCCCCGUCGGCUCCCUCCUCUCCGUCCGCGCCGGGAUGCGGUCGCCCGCCGCCGAAGCGGCCGAAACCCCCAUCCCCCUGCCGAUCCUGGCCAGGGCCUCCUCGUCCCUGCCGCCCGCUGCGGCCAAGAGGAAGCGUUCCCGGACGGGCAAAGCGGAGGCCGCGAUGCGGAGGCGCGUGCUGGAGCUGCUCACGCUCCCGUCCGUCGAGACGGUUACCUCGGCCUAGCGACGGCGCCCCCACAAGCUCUCUGUGCUCACCGGUGAUCCACAGGACACGCACGCCAGCGGCGAGGUGGUACUGCUACAUACAACGAGCCACACAAUACUGCUCUAGUCACUAAUGUUAGGUUGGGUUCGGAUGUCCUCAAAUUAGCUGCAGUUCCUUGUGGAGAUAUUGUUUGCUGUUUCGAUUUCGAUACAAAAAAGUUGUGAUCAGUGAAUUCUGAUGUUCUUGGGGAAUCAGGGUGAUGCAUCAAAGGUAAUUAAGCUUAUUCUGCUAAUGGUGUUUCAAGAAGCUUUUUGAGGAAUUACAGUGAGUUCCUGGUAACUUUGUGCCAAAUUCGAGUAAUAUGGUUAUUAAUUUGGACUGUUGCUUUUAA